CCGAAGGCGGUACCCGUCAUGGCUGUCUGAAUUAAAAGGUCUGCGCAGAGAAACGAAACUGAAACGCACAGACUGGUUUCGCUAAAAAGCCUGAAUGACCCUGGAAAGUUCAUGGGGACAAGAGUUUUAUCUCUCUUAUUAUAAAUAACAGUAUAUAGGCUACUAGGUGAAUAUCAAGAGUGCGAAGAGCCCAAGCUUCCUCUGCUAAGUUUAAAUGGGUUCUGUUGAUAGAAUAUCAGUUUACCAGAAGAGAUUCCUUGAAGACUUGGAUCCUGGAGACAUACAGGAUAAAGUGCACAUUUUUGCAGUAGAAUCCAAAGCGAUGCCAAGUGAUCUGACUGAAUUUGCACAUCUCUUUCAUGAGUUCAUUUCUGAGGAAAGCUUUAUAAUACCACCUGAAAUAUGGCGGUCCUGGGACUGGCUGUUUUUCAAAGAGAUGUUGUUAAUGAAAUGUGUAAAGAAAAAAGUUCAGAUUUUUGACCUGCAGCUGGGAGAUUCUGGUGAGUUUAAAGUGGUGGUUGUGGGCUUUAAGGAUGAAAUUAAUCCAGUGUGUCAGAAAAUAUUGAACUUUUUAAAGGCUCAAAAUACUGCAAGCGAGUCAGUGUCAUUUGGGAAAAGAGAAAAGGAGUUUCUGAGUUUUUUCCUACAAACGUCUGAUCUUUCCAAACCUAAGGUAUUAGAUGAAGGAUUAAGUAUGAAAUAUAAAGUUUGUGAUUCAAGGGUUGAAAUAACUGGAACUAAAGCAAAUGUACAGAGAGCUACAACAGAGAUACAAAGAGUCAUCAGUAAAUGUUCUACACAUUCACAGAGUAAAAACUCAGGGCUAAACAUAAGCAUAGAGCCAUUUAAGCAUUUUAAAGUUGUUAUUUGCAGUGGCCGUGAGAAUAUCCAUCUUGGUUCAGAAUCACUUAUAGUCCAAAGCAGCAGUCAUGAAAUACUCUUUGACGGGACGAACCAAGAAACAGUUGUUGGUGAAUUGAGUGAGAUUACUCUUACAGUAAAUGAAGGAUUAUCUGAACUUGGAAAACUACAAAAAGUAAUCAGACUUCAUUGGCAGUGCAAGUUCAACAAGAAAAAGCACACUGAAGUUCUGGAGGCUGCGGUCAUCAAAGCCCUGGAGUAUGUAAAGACACAAGGUCAGACAUCGGUGUCAAUAUGUUGCCCACUGGAUAAGGACCUUAACACAUCGAUUCAAGCUGCAACUGUGGCAGCUGCACUGGAAGGGUUUUGCAAAGCUCAGUCAUAUUUGUUUGUUUCCUCACUGGCUGUGUUUAUCGUCUGCCCCAAUGAUACUGAAUGGGCCAAUAUCAUGAAGAAAAAACUGGAAAUUGUUUGGGCUUACUCUAACAGUGAACAAAAUGGCAUGCAAGAGAUCAUACCUGUGAUUCCCCAGAAUAUCACUGUGCGGCUGGUGGGUGGAACUUUAGAAGAAAAUCAGGUACAAGCAUUAGCUGUUCCAGUCACUGUUUCUUCAAAGACUAAGUCUAUUGAGCUGUCCUGUCUAUGUGCUCACAAGCCCAGUUACAAUCUGGAAGAAUUCUUGCAGAUCCGGUCUCCUUGUCUGGCUGAUAGACUGCAAAAUGGGGAGAUUAUUCCAGUGACCUGUUGGGAUUCUGGGCUGUUAUAUGAAUAUCUGUAUCUUAUUGAGGUGCAAGAUGACUGGGAGGAUCCUGCUGAGAAAGUCAAGAGCUUCAUGAACAAGUGUGCAACUCUGAGUCACCACCUGUUUCUCACUUCCAUGGCUGUUCCAGUUCUUGACCUCAGUGGACAUGGGGUGCCGCCAUCUCAGGUGGUGAAAUGGCUGCUUGAAGGACUGAAGAUGUUCGAAAGGGAGACGUCAUUCUCUUGGCUUCAUUCUGUUAGGCUUGUUCUCAGUCCUGAUUGUACAGAUUUCAGCUUGGUGAUGGAAGGCAUUAAAAGAUCAGAAGAACCACUUGGGAUUUGCUUUGCAGAUCAUCCAUUUUUCAUUCAGUAUUUGCAAGACUCUAAUCAAGCAUUUAUGGAAAUAUCUUUGAAUAUGGAAAAGACAAGUUCCAGUUUUUCAAUAUUUAAAAAGUCAAAAAAACAUUGCCUUUCAAUAUCUAAACAGGAAUAUAUUUCAGCUGAAAUGUCUUUAGCAAAAUGGAAGACAGCACAAGCAAAAAUUUACAAUCGCUUAAGGAGGAGAUACAAUUUAAAAAAUCAUCAUAUUCCUAACUUACCCCAAGUGGAAAAGUAUGAACCAAAUUUGAAAAAACUCCAAUCUAUUAAACUUUAUGAACAUGAAACAUGGGUGGUGGGUUUAACAGAGGAAGUUAAUGAGUACAUCAGGCUAGCAGACCUGAAUCGACACGUGGAAGAAACUAUCUCAAAUGAAAUAUGGGGUAAUCUCACUGCUAAAGCAAUUCAACAUGUUACUGAAGAUUUACAGCUGGAGUUAGAUGCUUGUUUACCUACAGUAAUAGCUUCCCAUGAUACAACGGUGCCACCCAAUAUUACAUUUCUGGGACCUUAUAAAACCAUGUACUCUGCCAUAGAUGUCUUUAAAAAGCUAAUCUCUAAAGCCUUGCUCUGUGUUUCCCUCUCCAACAAGUUGUCAGAUUAUAAAUAUGCCUUUUUGAAUAGCUGGAAUUUAAGUGCUUUAUCUCAGAAACUUUUCCAUUCCAGAUACAUCAAGGUUACUCUGACAGAGCUAGAUAAUUCUCUAAUGAUGCAAGGUGACUCCUUUGAGGACAACCAGCAAGCUAUGGAGGUUCUUAAAGAUGACAUUUAUGAGGCAGCCAUCAGAAUAAGUCGUGCAAGCCAUACUUCAACUAAAGGAGAAAAGUGGAGAAGGCAGUUAGAAGACAUUUUGCACAGGCUCAACACAAGUGAGCAAAAAGUUGAGAUACACACCAUUCAAGACAAAGAUAAUAAUAACUGCAUGGUGGUGGUUGUGGGAUUUAAAACAGAAGUCCAUGCUGCCAAACGAAUACUUAAUCAGUAUUUCCAACAAAACACAGACAUAAAGAGGAUUUUAGAAUUUAAACAGCCGAAUAUAGUUGAAGCAGGUAAUAAGCUCCUGGAUAUCAUUGAUAAAAAGGACUUGUUUGGUGCUGAAGUGGAAGUCAAUGUCCAUACAAACUCCAAGGUAGACGUCAUCCUCAGUGGUACCAGAAGUGAAGUUCAGAAAGCCCAAGAGAUUCUUAAGAGGGAUCUGGAUUCUGUAAUUAAGAAAUCAGUGAAGAUUGAAGGGUUAGGAGCUGCUCGUUAUUUCCAAGAUCCAGAAACAGCAGAAAUUCUAAAAAGAAUCGGAUUGACUUACUUCUGCAUUAUUUCAACAAGGAGACAGUGCAUGGCAUGGCCUAAUGACCCAAAGAAUUAUCCUCUUAGCAAGAUAUAUGAAGGUUUGACAGAACCAGUUGAAUUUGACCUCAUUGGACGACCAGCUGACAUUGAGAAAGCUAUAGGAGCUCUCCAAAGUCACUUUCGAGAUUGUCAGACACAGAACAUGAUAUGUGACCCACAGAUUGAGAAACUCACCCCAAGUCAGCUACAUGCAGUCACAAAAGAUCUGAGUGUCAUUCUUCAUCUUACAAAUAAUGGUCUUUCAUUGGAAGGGUUGAAAAGUCAUGUUGAUGAGGCACAGACUCGCCUUGGAGAGAUGCUAAAAACGGAUAAAGGGAUAAAAAAUCCGGAAGAACAGAAUAUUAUCAAGCAAACGAUUUCAUGCAAUGUAAAGGGUCAGAUUAACAACACUGCGUCAAACAAUGGUUUGGACUGGCUCAGCUUAAUGAGAAACGCUGCAAAAGCCUCUGCAGAUUCUGGAAAAAACCCCAGCCCUUCAAUUAAGAACUUAGAACAACAAAAAAAAGAAAAUUCACACUUUCAAGACAACACUGAUUUGACAGUACGUAAGAAAACAACAACUUCUGCGACUCCUUCUCAACAACCAGAAUUUAAAAAGAAUGAGAACAAGCCAAAGGAUGAAGUUUUAAAAGCUCUCUUGACUGAUUCCAAGGAAAACCUUCACCAGAAUGGAGUGAUGUCUUCUAGUGGUGUUACCUGUGCAGUUCCUUCCAAUGUUUUAUUUGAUUUGCCAGCCGCUAAUUCAUUUCAGCAGCUUUAUCUCCAGCCCAGCUGUGUACCAGGGCAUGUUCCCAUUUUGAAUGCAAAUUUUGAUCAACUGGAUAAUUUCUGGCAGACAACUUCCUGUAUUCAAGAUUCUGCAGUACCUAUGAAUACCAGAGUUGGUUUACCAUUAGGUGAACGGUACUUUUCAAUUGAUGCUGAAGAUAAACAAAAUAAGACUGCUGUCCACAAUCAAGCCAGUGAGCAUAUGAAUAGAAAUCUGACUACCUCAGGCACAGUAAGAACAAGUUUACAGAACUUAGAACAACAAAAUAAAGAAAAUUCACACCUUCAACAAGACAAUGGUGCUUUGACAGUAUAUCAGAAAGCAACCUCUGCAACUCCUUCUCAACAUUCAGAAUUCAAAAAGAAAGACAACAAGCCAAAGGAUGGAGCUUUAAAAGCUCUCCUGACAGAUUCCAAGGAAAACCUUUGCCAGAAUGGAGAGAUGUCUUCUAGCGGUGUCACCUAUACCGUUCCUUCCAAUAAUCUAUUUGAUUUGCAAGCCACUAAUUUACAUCAGCAGCUUUAUCCCCAGCCCAAUCAUGUACCAGGGCAUAUUCCCAUUUUGAAUUCAAGUUUUGGUCAAAUGAAUAAUUUCUGGAAUACGACUUCCAGCUUUCAAGAUUCUGCAGUACUUACGAAUACCAGAGUUGGUUUGCCAUUAGAUGAACUGUACUUUUCCACUGAUGCUGAAGAAAAACAAAAUAAGACUACAGGCCACAAUCAAACCAGUGAGCAUAUGAAUAGAAACCGGACUACCUCAGACAUACUCGAGCCAGGCUGGAAUUUGCAAGAAGACAAUUUCUUUCCAAAGCAAUUCACAACCUCAACACCAAACAGCAUUACUACCCAUCGCGUGAACAUAAAAGAUCUUUUAGUGGAUUAUACCUCACCUAGGCCUUCACCAUUACACAGUUCUUUCCCAUGCAAUUUUCCAGGCUGUUCUCGUUCAUUCGACACAUCAAAUGCAUUGCAGAGUCAUUAUAGGCAGAUGCACACGUCUGAAGGAAGAGCCACAUGCAGUAAAUGUGGAAAAGAGAGCACCAAGAGUGGCAUCACCCAACAUGAGAAGGCAUGCAUGGGAAAUUCAUUCUCUUAUAUUUCUGAAGUAACACCAUCACCAAGCAUUCAAAGUAUGCAGUAUGAUACCGGUCUGGGCGCUAUGUCUGAUGGAUUGUCUUUCAUUACACCCAUCAGUUCAACUCCUGUUACUCCCGUUGUUAAUCUGGGCUUUGACCUCAAGCCAAAAAGUUUAUUCAACAAUUCAACUUUUCAUUCUGAUCCUGUAACUGAAUACACCUUACCUAGCCCCUCAUCAUUAUACAGUUCUUUCCUGUGCCAUUAUCCGGACUGUUGUCGUUCAUUCGACACAUCACAUGGAUUACAGAGUCAUUAUAGGCAGAUGCACACGCCUGAAGGGAGAGCCAAAUGCAGUAAAUGUGGAAAAGAGAGCACCAAGAGUGGCAUCACCCAACAUGAGAAGACAUGCAUGGGAAACUCAAUCUCUUAUAUUCCUAAAGCAACACCAUCACCUAUCCUUCAAAGUAUAAAGUAUGAUACCGGUCUGGGCGCUAUGUCUGACGGAUUGCCUUUCAUUACACCCAACAUUUCAACUCCUGUUACUCCUGUUGGUAAUCUGGGCUUUGACCUCAAGCCAAAAAGCUUAUUCAAAAAUUCAACAUUUCAUUCUGAUCCUGUAACUGAAUACACCUUACCUAGCCCCUCUUCAUUGCACAGUUCUUUCCUGUGCCAUUAUCCGGACUGUUGUCGUUCGUUUGACACAUCAGAUGGAUUACAGAGUCAUUAUAGGCAGAUACACAUGCCUGAAGGGAGAGCCAAAUGCAGUAAAUGUGGAAAAGAGAGCACCAAGAGUGGCAUCACCCAACAUGAGAAGACAUGCAUGGGAAACUCAUUCUCUUAUAUUCCUAAAGCAACACCAUCACCUAACCUUCGAAGUAUGCAGUAUGAUUCCGGUCUGGGCACUAUGUCUGACGGAUUGCCUUUCAUUACACCCAUCAGUUCAACUCCUGUUAUUACUGUUGGUAAUCUGGGCUUUGACCUCAAGCCAAAAAGCUUAUUCUGCAAUUCAACUUUUCAUUCUGAUCCUGUAACUGAAUACACCUUACCUAGCCCCUCAUCAUUAUACAGUUCUUUCCUGUGCCAUUAUCCGGACUGUUGUCGUUCGUUCGACACAUCAAAUGGAUUACAGAGUCAUUAUAGGCAGAUGCACACACCUGAAGGGAGAGCCAAAUGCAGUAAAUGUGGUAAAGAGAGCACCAAGAGUGGCAUUACCCAACAUGAGAAGACAUGCAUGGGAAGCUCAUUCUCUUAUAUUCCUAAAGCAACACCAUCACCUAUCCUUCAAAGUAUGCAGCAUGAUUCCAGUCUGGGCACUAUGUCUGACGGAUUGUCUUUCAUUACACCCAUCAGUUCAACUCCUGUUGGUAAUUUGGGCUUUGACCUCAAGCCAAAAAGCUUAUUCAACCAUUCAAUUUUUCAUUCUGGUAUAAAACAAAACAGUACCAUUAGCUAUGCUCCAUCUUACACUAAAGCUUUCACUUGCUUUUGUGGGAGGUCUUUUGACAGCCAGCGUGGACUGAGUUGUCAUCAUACGCAGAUACAUACAGCAAGUGGAAGAGCGAGGUGCUACACCUGUGGCUUAGAGAGCACUAAAAGUGGCAUCACGAGGCACAAGUGUAAGAAAAGAUAAACGUGUGCCCUGAGAGGACUGCAGCAAGCUCUGCUAGUACACUUCUGAAGACUCUCUGCCAUGUCGCUCACUUGGAGUGGGCACAAUAAACAUAAGAAGAUGUUUGAUAAUAAUAAUAAUAAUUCAUUACAUAUAUCUUUAAUAUAAAGGGUAUGCUCCAAAUUAAUUGUAUGUUACUAUAGGUUCUUUAUAUUAAAACAAAUAGUGACAAAUAUUAAAAAAUCUUGCGUGUGUCCAAAUUAUAUUUAUACUAAUUACAUAUGAAGGAUUUGCACAUAUAAAAUUAAGGUGAUAAAAAUGACUAGGACUUUAAACAAUUUUUAUAUUAUUGGAUAUACUGAAGAUGGGAGGAUGUUUAUCUGUUUUGAGAUAAAAUAGAAAUGUAAAAAUUUUAAAGUGU